AUGCCCCGCGAGCUCAUCACGAUCCAGGUCGGGCAAUGCGGCAACCAGAUCGGCCGCCAGUUCUGGAAGAUGGCGCUGGACGAGCAUGCCAAGCAUGCCAAGGACGCCCGCUUUGACGAUAGCAUGAGCACCUUCUUCCGCAACGUCGACACCCACGGCCAGGACCUGCCGCCGCACGAGCGCAUCAAGGGCCUCCGCGCGCGCGCGCUUCUCAUCGAUAUGGAGGAAGGGCCCGUGGCCGAGACGCUGCAUGGCCCGCUUGGCGAGCUCUUUGACUCGUCCCAGUUUCUCACCGACGUCUCGGGCUCGGGCAACAAUUGGGCACAUGGGUAUGCGCUCUAUGGGCCACAGUACAAGGACAGCUAUUCGAGAAGCUCCAGCACGCCACGGAGCUCUGCGGUACGCCGGUCCGUCUACAAGCGACGACUGACAUGCGUAGAUUCCCUCCAGUCGUUCUUUGUGUUGCAUUCCAUGGGCGGCGGGACCGGCUCGGGCCUUGGCACGUACAUUUUAAGCUUGCUUGAAGACCACUACCCGGAAGCCUACCGCUUCACGACUGCCAUCUUUCCAUCGGAAGACGACGAUGUCAUUACGUCGCCCUACAACAGCAUGCUGGCGCUGCACCAGCUCACCGAGCACGCGGACUGCGUCUUGCCGAUUGAGAAUGAAGCGCUCUUCGCGAAAGUCCCUGCGUCGUCGUCGUCAACGUCGUCGUCGUUUGAUGCGAUGAACCGCAUCGUGGCGCGUGUACUCACCCACUUGACGAGCUCGAUGCGUUUUGAAGGCUCGCUCAACGUCGAUCUGAACGAGAUCACGACCAACCUCGUGCCCUUCCCCAAGCUGCACUACCUCCUCUCGAGUCUCUCGCCGCUGCAGUCGACGUCGCCGGCCUACCAAACGCACCGGCUCCGACAUCUCUUUACCGACAUUUUCCACGCGCAGAACCAGCUCAUCCAGACAAGUCCCCGCACGCAUGGCGUCAUGUUGGCGUGUGGCCUUCUCUUCCGCGGCAACGUCCAAGUCUCGGACGUCCAGAGCCACUUGGAGAAACUCAAGGCUGAGAUGCGGCUCAUCUACUGGAACAAAGACGGCUUCAAGAUUGGGCUGUGCAGUGUCCCGAGCCUCGAGAGUGUCAAAGGGUCCCCGUCGGUCCUCUCGCUCUCCAACCACGGCUGCAUCGUCGAAACGUUUGAGCGCAUGCAGGCGCGGUUCCUCAAGCUCUACAAGCGCAAGGCCCACGUCCACCACUACCUCGAGUACAUGGACCAAGCCAUGUUUGACGAAGCGCUCGAGUCCAACAAGUGGCUCAUCGCAGAGUACACCAAGCUCAAUACGGCACCCGACAUGCCCCCCGUGCUGCCGCGGCGCAAGCCUCUCCUUUAACGUCAACGCUCUUCUCGUCGCCGGUAUCGGGAGAUUUUUUAGGUGAUUUGAAGGGCAUCGCAGGCG